AUGCCUCCACUGUCGGCAUACACUUCGUUUGAGUCGCUGCUCUUCUUCCAGUCGCUAGCAAUCUCUGAUUCUAAGCCGACAAGCUUUGGGUCUAUCUCAACACUCUUGCGCAAUAACCCGUUGGUUCGCGAGAAUGUCGAGUUCAAUGCAGAUCGCCUGACACCCGAGGCGCUGGAAGAUCUGUAUGCGACUCUGAUGCGCGAUGGAUUCAACAAAGAUGCAGUACUCCCAGUCAAUGGUCGAUCGACAGAUACUUCAAACCCGCCAAACCCGAAGAAGCGCAAGAUAUCGAGCCCGCGACCAGAAGGAUUAGCAGACGGGGUCACACAUGCCACGCUUAUCCCAGAAUUGGUGGCACAUCUAUACGCUAAAUACAGAGACCUUGUGACCAGGGAAAUCAGGGACGAUGAGAAGCAGUACACAGAGAUCAGGGCGGAACUCGUGCGGUUACAAAAGGACGACCAACCCACAGAGGCGACUCCAUCCAAGCCCGCAAAGGCAGCACACAAGGAACCCACGGAUAUUGAUGUCAAGGAAGAAACGCCCCGCCAAAAUGUUCAAGAUCGGACAGGCAAGCCUUUAGCCGCAACUGUCCCACACGCGCAAGACAAGCCAGCCCCGCCAGAACCACGGCCGCAGCGUAUCGAGGUGAAUGUGCCUCCUCCGAGUAAAAACAUCCCAAAAGUACAGCCAUCUGCUGUGAGCCAACCACCAGUUCAACCACAAGCACAGACUCCUGCGCCCAAAGCUCCAGGGGCUGGGCAGCCACAGCCGCCGGCCGCCAACAUUCAACCCUUGGCCAAACCGCCUGUCCAGCCCCAGCUUGGUCCCUCUACUCAGAAAUCACCUACCACACCCGCUGGAGCGCGUAUCACCCCGGCCCAUCCCUCACAAAUCGCACCCCGUGCCCAUCCUACGCCUACACUCCUUCCUGGUAAGCCUGGACCAGCCCUCCCGCCGGCCCCUCAGCGCACCCCAGCUCAGCCGAGCUUCCAGCAAUGGCAGCUCGACCCUUCUCCCCACUCUACCUAUCCCGCCAUUUCUCCGGGUACUGCUACUCCACAAGCAGCCCAAGCCAAUAUUAAACGACCUGUACCACCUCUCUCUACCAACCAACCGGAACCGGGAUCGCAAGCUCCUGUACCAUUCCAAUCUACCCCCUUCCCAAACACACCUGGUGCUGCCUCCGCGGUCCAAACCCCUGUCCCAAUCGGCCGGCCUCGCAUCUCUCAAACUCCAAGUUUCACAUUCCCCUCAUUCUCUGAAUCGCGUGCUUCUCAUCCACGGCUGUCGAUCGACACGCAAGGUUCCUCGACACCAUGGAAAAGGACUCCUCGUUUGAGCAUUCCAAAGUCCCCACCCACGCCUCCACGUCCCCUGCCGGAGGAUGUCAGCCCGAUCAGUGAUAGGGCACAAUCGCCAAUCGAUGCGAUGGACAUGUCACCACCUCCGAGGAUGAACCGCGCUCAACGAGCCCGAUCUCCCGAGGAAAAGAAACCUCGACGUGGCCGUGCCGACAGCAAGUCUGCUGUUAAUGUUAAGACUGAGAGACCAGAGAAACCAACUUCGACUCGAAGGACACGUGCUGCAAGUUCGGUCUCUUCCCAGAGUCGUGGACGGUCCCUGGCUUCUCGUGGUGAAUCCCCCGCGCCUUCAGAGCGGACAACGAGCCGCCGGAAGGGCGCUGCUGCUGCUGCGAACGAGGAGACCCCCAAACCUCGAUCUAAGCGCAAGCGCGGGCCAAGUGAAGCAUUAGAACAGGAACCUCACCCUUCAGACAUCCCGAAGUUCGACACAACUCAGUAUGUCAUGGCAACGCGCAACUUCCACCGAACUGCUGCUCCUAUCAUGAACGAUGUAUCCACCCAUAAGCUUGCGUCUAUUUUCAGUAAGCCAAUUGGGGAGCGUGACGCACCUGGCUACCACGAUCUCAUCUACCGCCCACAGGAUCUCAAGUCUAUCAAAUCUGCCGUUCACCAAGGAAGCAAAGCAGUCGCCACGGCCGCAGAGUCCGUCAGUACCCCUGCUGGAGAUGGAGAGUCUCCCGCUCCCGGCGGUACACCAUCGUCCAAGAACGGUGUCCUCGUGUUACAGAAGAAUGAGGAUUUCGUACCCCCAAAAGGAAUUGUCAACUCCGCACAGCUGGAGAAAGAGUUUAUCCGCAUCUUCGCCAACGCCAUCAUGUUCAACCCCAUCCCCCAGCGUGGAUUCGGGCCGGCCUUCCCCAUGACUAGUGACCGCGGCUCACGCGAAAGCACUCAAAUGGGCGACAGCGAUGAGGGCGGUAUCAUCCAUGAUUCCCUGGAGAUGUUUGGAGACGUCGAGCAAGCUGUUACCAGGUGGCGUGCUGCUGAGCGUACUGCGGACGAACUGGCUAAUAAGAAUAUCCUUUCUCUUCGCCGUGGCAGUGCCAGUGAUUUCAACACUGACAGUGCUGACGAUGUGAAGGGGUGA